AGAGAUGGAUACCUGCCAUGUAGCCGGGCUGGUCUUGAACUCCUGGCCUCAAGUGAUCUGCCCACCUCAGCCUCCCAAAGUGCUGGGAUUAUGGGCAUGAGCCACUGUGCCUGGCCUAUCCUGCCUUUGUGCCAGGUGAUCCUCCUCAUAUGUAUUACAGCUGUUUUCACUCAUUAGCUCCUGAGGUAAACAAAUUGAAAAAAUGAGUGAACUGGAACAGUUGAGGCAAGAAGCAGAACAACUGCGGAAUCAGAUUCAGGAUGCUCGGAAAGCAUGUAAUGAUGCAACGCUUGUUCAGAUUACAUCAAAUAUGGACUCCGUGGGUCGAAUACAAAUGCGAACAAGACGUACACUGAGGGGCCACCUAGCUAAAAUCUAUGCUAUGCACUGGGGAUACGAUUCCAGGCUGCUAGUCAGUGCUUCCCAAGAUGGAAAAUUAAUUAUUUGGGAUAGCUAUACAACAAAUAAGAUGCAUGCUAUUCCUUUGAGGUCCUCCUGGGUGAUGACCUGUGCUUAUGCUCCCUCUGGUAAUUAUGUUGCCUGUGGAGGCUUGGACAACAUCUGCUCUAUAUAUAACUUAAAGACCAGAGAGGGAAAUGUGAGAGUGAGCCGAGAGUUGCCGGGUCACACAGGGUACUUGUCCUGCUGUCGUUUUUUAGAUGACAGCCAAAUUGUUACAAGUUCAGGAGACACAACUUGUGCUUUAUGGGACAUCGAAACUGCCCAGCAGACCACCACAUUCACUGGGCAUUCUGGAGAUGUGAUGAGUCUUUCUCUGAGUCCUGACAUGAGGACUUUUGUUUCUGGUGCUUGUGAUGCCUCUUCCAAAUUAUGGGAUAUUCGAGAUGGAAUGUGUAGACAGUCUUUCACGGGACAUGUCUCAGAUAUUAAUGCUGUCAGUUUUUUCCCAAAUGGAUAUGCCUUCGCCACUGGCUCUGAUGAUGCCACUUGCCGGCUCUUUGACCUUCGUGCAGAUCAAGAGUUAUUAUUGUAUUCUCAUGACAAUAUCAUCUGUGGAAUCACUUCCGUAGCCUUCUCAAAAAGUGGGCGUCUCUUGUUGGCUGGUUACGAUGACUUUAAUUGUAACGUAUGGGACACGCUAAAAGGAGAUCGUGCAGGUGUCCUUGCUGGUCAUGACAACCGUGUGAGCUGCUUAGGUGUAACUGAUGAUGGCAUGGCUGUGGCAACAGGCUCUUGGGACAGUUUCCUUAGAAUCUGGAAUUAACAGUGUCAUACAUGUUCUUUGUUCUCCAUUGAUAUAUCUGGAGAAAUCAAUGCUACAGCCUAUAGCUGUGAAAAAAUUCUACCUUAUAUUUGCAGGUGAAGAUUUUUCUAUGAGAUUAUAUAUAAAAACAAGCUUUCAGUAUACUACCAAAAAAAAGUCAGGGGGGGAAAAGGCAAAGGCGCCUUCUGAGAUCAAAAGGACCAGUGUAUUAAUUUGAGGAGUUGGGUUAAUUUAACCUUAAUGAGUUUUUGUGUGUACUCAAGAGUCUAUUUUCUUUGUGUAGAACAUAAUGUACACAUUAUAGCAGGUCGCCAUUAUGUUUGCAUUUUUUAAGAAGUACAUUUUUAACUUUGUAUACACAAGAAAUGUCACGUUUUUUAGUUUUGUAAUGGAAGAACCAGGUACAGAAAUAGACAGAAAUGAUACUGUAUGUGUGUAUAUUUAUGUCUGAAGAAAGUCCCCUUGAAUUCUGAUAUCUCUUUGAAUCUAAGAGAUCCUGAUGACUUCAUGUUUAAGAGCAUUGACAGGAGGGGCACCUCUAAGGGGAGUCCUUCGUUUCUCAUGCAUCAUUUGCCAUAUACUAUUAAUCUAAGUGCUCGCUUUCAGUCCUUUGAGGGGACAGAUAAUCUGAAGGCCAGAGAUUAGAGAUUUCACCGAUAUUUUGGACAUACAUAAGAAACUUCUUUGGAAUUUAUUAAUAAAAAGUAGAUAAUAGCAUAUAAAUGGUUCUUCACAUUUUAAAAGCCUGGUUAUGAUCUGGUUAUGAUUUAGUACCCCCCUAAAUGGCUGAACUUUCCUAUUCAUGUCAUAUUUGGAACUAAGUUUGUAGUGUAUAUUCAUCUUUCAGAAGUUUGGUAAACAUUGGGAUUGUCCCUGCAUCUGAACAUCUUUCCCAGUGCUAUCAGUAUACAUUUAGAGAGGAAAUGCAGUGUGACAGUGUUACAUUUGGAGAGAAGUGUGAAAUCUAACCAAUCACUAAGACAUAUUUGUUGUAAUAUGGUGGUUUAUUUCACGUUUGCGUACUAUAAAAUCUGAAUCGAUGUGAAAUAUCUGUGCCUUUACAUUUCUUAAAAUGAAACCCUUAAGCUUUUUGUUCUGUUUUGCAAUAUUUUGUAAUAUUCCCUUCCUUAGCACAAAAUACUGGUUUUUAAGUGGUUUUGCUUCAAAGGAUAUCUAGAUCUAAGUGAUUCCACUUAAAGCCAAAAUAAAAAUUCCUAAAGCAGUUCUUAAAGGAGUUAGAGAUAAAUAGUUCUUCUGUGGUAUAAUAAUGUGUCUAUUACUAGAAUGUCCCCCACCACCAAGUUAAAGAUACUUUUCCUGUUGGAUUUUCUUUUACAAAUAAGUCGGAAUGAUUUAUAAUAGAAGAUUGUUAGUCUUGCGUGAUGGUUAAGUCUUGGAUUAUUCUGAUAUAUAGACGUGCAUUGUUUUGUAACUUAGUUACUUUUCAGAUAGGUCUGUAUUAACUUUUGAACAUGUGUAACCUUAACCUAAAUACUCCCAAAUUUUACCUCUGAAUUUUUGUUUAUAUUGUGAAUGUGCUAAUAUAUGCAUCAACUGUAAAGACAUCAGUAUCAGUUUUGUUUAUUAAAAUCAGUUGACAAUUAGAAGAAUAAUAAAAUGGAUAAAGGCAAAUUAAGAUAUAGGACCAAAACAGAAUAUCGUAGAUGGCAGUUAUGAAUGUAUAUUUAUAUUUUGGUUAAGAUUUCUAUUAACUUUUUGGCUGGGUGCAGUGGCUCACACCUGUAAUCCCAGCACUUUGGGAGGCCAAGGUGGGCGGAUCACUUGAGGUCAGGAGUUCACGACCAGCCUAGCCAACAUGGUGAAACCCCAUCUCUUCUAAAAAUACAAAAAUUAGCUGGGUGUGGUGGCACAUUCCUGUAAUCCCACCUACUUGGGAGGCUGAGGCAGGAGAAUCGCCUGAACUCAGGAGGCAGAGGUUGCAGUGAGCCGAGAUUGUGCCACGGUACUCCAGCCUAGACGACAGAGUGAGACUCCGUCUCAAAUUUAAAAAAUAAAAUAAAAAUUUUUAAAAAUUAUAUGAACUUUUGCUAUUAAUGCUAUGAAUGUUUAUUUGUAGGCUGUUUAUAUCACUUCAUAAAGAACAGCUCUUUAAGAAAAGAAUAAAGGAAUGUAUUCAUUUCCGGAAAAAGAGGGUUGGGGAAAGUUCGCCAUGUAGGUUAGUCAGAAAUUUAUUCUGAAGUCCUGUUCAAGAAAGCAAUUGUAUUAUGCACAAAAAUAACCUUAAAUGUAUGAGAGAGAAUCUCCUCUACUUAAAAGUUAUUAUAGUAGUCAGAGGCAUACAGACCACAGGAAUUAUAUGGCCUUAACAUAUUUCAAAAUGACAUUUAUUUUAAUGUUCUUAAAGUUUAUGAAGAGGAGUUUAAAGCAAUUCCCAUAAUUAAACAUUUAUUCAGCGACUAAAAACUAUUUAACACUUGUGGUUAAUUAUACACAUAAACAAAUGGCCACAGAGUAGCUUCACUACCACAGUUACCUUCCUGGUUACACCUUUGCUUUCUAAUAUUAGAGGCUCCAGUUGCUAAGUAUAUUUGUUUACUUGCAGUUUAAGUUGAGCUGAUUAUUUGUUUAAUUCUGUUACUGGUCCUGAAUUCAAUGAGUAUAUAAUUUGUAGAGAUGUUGAAUAUUUUUGAUCUUACUUUUUAAGGCUGAAAAAUCUGGCUGGAUUUAGUUUUAAAAAAAAUGCAUCAUCCAGAAUAUUGCAGUUAAUGUUCCUUUUUUUUUUUUUUUUUUUUAAAGACAGAAUCUCUGUCACCCAGGCUGGCAUGUGCAGAGGCACGAUCUUGGCUCAUUGCAACCUCAACCUCUGCCUCCCGGGUUCAAGUGAUUCUUGUGCCCCAGCCUCCCAAGUAGCUGGGACUAUAGGCAUAUGCCACCAUGCCUGGCUAAUUUUUGUAUUUUUAGUAGAGACAGGGUUUCGCCAUCUUGGCCAGUCUGAUCUCCUACUCCUGGCCUCAAGUGAUCCACUGGCCUCAGCCUCCCAAAGUGCUAGGAUUACAGACGUGAGUCACCGUGCCCAGCCAGGUUUCCUUCUUUACUUUCUAGGAAACAUUUAAACAUAAUGUGCCUCAGAAGGUUAAUUUGUCGACUCUGUAGCAUGUCAAGAAGAGUAAUUUUUUGAGAUCUGGCAAGAAUGUUUUAGAGAUACAUAUUCUUUUCUAAAUAUGUGAUCACCCUGUGGUGUUUAGCAUAUCAUCCCAAAAACCUGCUUAAGAGCAGUUCUUGGCCAGGCACAGUGGCUCAUGCCUGUAAUCCCAGAACUUUGGGAGACUGAGGCAGGUGGAUCAUGAGGUCAGGAGUUCAAGACCAGCCUAGGCAAGAUGGUGAAGCCCCGUCUCUACUAAAAAUACAAAAAUGAGCCAGGUGUGGUGGCGGGUGCCUGUCAUCUCAGCUACUCAUGAGGCUGAGGCAGAGAAUUGCUUGAACCCGGGAGGCGGAGGUUGCAGUGAGCUGAGAUCACGUCACUGCACUCCAGCCUGGGCGACAGAGCAAGACUCCGUCUCAAAAAAAUAAAUAAAUAAAAUAAAAAGCAGUUUUUGCUAUCAGCAAGGAUGUCUCCUCCACUUUAAUGGACAGGCCUCAUUUUUGGCAGCUAUACUGUUUGAGAUUUAGACUGAAUAUCCAGGAUUCUUCCCUAGCUCAAGUUUUUACUUGUGAUUACACAUACCACAUUGAAUUGCAUCUUCAGAGGCAAAGAUUUGGGCUUCAUAUCUCAUCAGCAAAAGGGCCUGUUCAGCAGUUCCCUUCAUUUUAGACUCAUAUGACCUCAGAGAUUGCAUGAUAAUAGUAAACUAGUCUCCUGGAAAUAAUGGAUGUAGGUGCUUCUAGAAUAUGUUACAGAAUUUCAAACUUAACCUAUUAAUAAAUGGAUCUUGACUUAAGGUGACAAAGUGAAACUUUUAUUAUUGCCUAAAAAUGCUGUGCCAGUAUUGUAUAACUGAGCUCCUCCAAUACUCUUGGUAUUUUGGAUUUAAUAAUAAUUUAAGACCUUAAGCAUUUUCAAUGUGAACAUGUUCAGGGAAAUAUGCUUUGAUGUAAAUGUCUCAGAUCUAAGUUGUAACACAAUGAAUACUUGUGGCUUAUUCUUGGUUUAACUUAGGAAAACUGGUUAAACAGUCCCCCAUUUGGGCCUGUCAUCAUUUUAAUAGUGAAGAUGUUCUUUCUAAAAUCUUCAGGGUCUGAGUCAGGCUGAAUUUUUUUUUUUAAUUAAAUAUUAUGUUCAGAUUCUUUCCUUUCUGCCAUUGUGAAAAAGCAAAAUUUUAAAUGAUUUCUUCUGUUAGAAUUUUUAAAAAUAUCCACAGGUUGGACUAUCUUAUGGGUUGCACAAUGAAUUUAUAUUUUAAAUUAGAUUAAGUAGAAUGUGAAGUACAUUUCAGAUUUACUAGUUUUCUUUCCAUUGUUCAUUUUGGGUUGCCUCAGAUUCAGUGUAUAUUUUAAAAUAUUGGUUACAUAAUAGGUACUCAGUGAAAUGGUUUAUAGAAUAUCUAAGCUAGCACUUUAUUUUUAAAAAGUAACUUAUUAAUCACACAUUGAUGGUACACCUUGUAUUUAGCAAAUGUUUGCAUGUUGAUAAAAUCUCCUAUGUCUUCUUUAAAUCCAGUUACUGAUUUUGUAAAAUACAGUUGUGAUAAAGCAGCAUUACGGGGGGGGAUAAAAGCUAUGUUCCAACUGGUGUUAAAUGUAUUCAACAAAAAUCUUACAUCGUACAGUAUUUCUUAAUUAAUAGAACUUCAGUGAUAUACUUGGUAGAUAUCUCAAGCCUUUUGUCUGUUACACAAUGGUGCUUUAUCCUAUUGUUUUCUUUUCAAAGAAGCAUCUGAACACUUGCAUUUCUAUUUUCCUAUCCAAAGGCAUUCACAUGUAAGUGUGUUUUUAAAGUUGAUUAAAAUUAUUUUCCUGUUAAAACAUUCUGAAAAUGUUUGUCUUUACCUAGAAUGAUUUGUACACACUUGUGGUCAGUUGAACAUGAAUGUCAGUAGUAGUCUAAUUAUGGGAAGGGUAAACAUGUUAGAUUAAGGCUCUUAAAGCUCUAAACCAUAUAAACUAUGGACUUGUAUCAUGAUUUAACUGUUCUUAGAUGUUUCUUACACAGUGAUUCAUUCCUCUAUUUGUACAGUGGCUUUAUGAAAUGAUGUGAAUUGAUCCUGUAAUCAAUAAAGUGCUUUUAACCAGA